ACGAAACGUCACUUCCGGCUAGUUGUCAACUUGUACAGUCAUUAAAAUUUUGCCUUUUGUAUCCAAACUGAGAGAUACAAAAUGUGGUUUAUAUAUUUACUAAGUUGGGUUGCACUAUUUAUCCAAGUUGUUGUAAUAACGCUUUCCAUUGCUGUGGGACUUUUCUAUCUAGCGGAGCUUGUUGAAGAAUAUACUGUGCUGACAGCUAAAGUCAUCAAAUAUCUCAUUAUUUGCACAACAGCUGUGUUCAUUGGUUUCCUGCUAUUUGAGGACCUACCUAUUAGCUGUAUAGUGUUCGGACUGGUGGGAAAUGGAGCGUUUUUCCUCCUGCUGCAGGAUUUCCCAUACUUCAACCUCUCGUCACCAGGAUUCAUUGGAUCAGUUGUAACAGUAGUAAUCAACCACUACCUGGCCUUCUCCUAUUUCACAGACGUUUGGCACCCUUUCUAUGAGGUUCUGGCCUAUUUCACAGUCUGUCUGUGGAUGGUUCCCUUCGCGUUUUUCGUGUCCUUGUCAGCCAAUGAAAAUGUUCUGCCCACAGUCUCUGAGCGAACGAUGUCAGAGAGUGAGGACACAGAUAUUGUCUCGAGCUAUUUCAGCCGGAAGGGCAAAAAAUACGGACUGCUGUCAUUCUUAAAGAAUGCGCAUGGAACAAUAUUGCCUCAGAGAGUAAAAAAACACUUUUAACCGCAUUAUCUCUAACAUCUAUGCAUUGAUUACCUACAUGUAGGUAUUAUAACUAUGACCAUGAUAUACGGAUAAUCUUGGUCACGUGUCUGCCUCUCCAGGGUUGUAUGUAACCCUCUUCUAGGAGUUUUCUUGUUUGGUCUGGGUAGGCAAUAUGGGGGACAAUUACAGCUCACCUGGGCCCAGCGAUAGAUAUUUACAAGCCUAAGGAUAAAACAUAGUAAAAGGAUUUUCAGGGUGGUAGAAAAUAUCUUGAUACAAUGAUAAAUGUAUAUAGUCAGGCUUGCACAUUGUUCGGCACUUUACAUAAGAGGGAAGAUAUUCUGGCUAGUGCUUGAAUUUCUGAAUUAAUAAGACGGUGAGCCAGUAUUUAAGAAGCAAGAACUAUUCUAAAACUUUCAUUACAUUGAAAUAGAAUAUAUUAAUUUCUAUGUUUUCAUAAGUAAAGAUUAAUAUUUCUCCUGCUUGGAUUACAGUGUAUCAAUUUUCAGGAUAAAAGCUAGUCUGUUUUUCAAAUUUAAAAAGUGUAAGUAUUCGCAUAGCCUUAGCGUCAUUGUUGUGCAAAAUCUCAAACCUUUCCAUAACUCACAAACCCUUUAAGAUAUUCUAUUGAAACAUGGUACAUUUGUUGACAGAGAUAGUACGCACAUGUAAAAUAGACACAUCAUUCUGACUUUAGUAAUUGUAGAGUUAUGCCCCUUUUUUCUUUCAAAACAACAACAGAAAAGCUCUGCAGCGAUCUUGUUUUAUUUUACCCCCCAAAUAAUCUUUGUUUUGUAUUAUUCAUUCAAUUUUUCCUCAAACAAAUUUUUCGCCUUGAUGACAUAAUAGAAUCAGAGUUUUUCAAAGAUCGUAUUGAUUCUACUUUUAAACACAGAUUUGUGUUGUUGUGGAAAAAGGACAUGUCUGAUAAGUUAUCAACUUAUAAUAAUGUUGAAAAUGGUGCAAAUUUUCACUUUAAAAUACUCAUUUAGAAACAUGCACUGUGCAUAGGUGUUCGUGGGUGUUCAUGGGUUUUUCAUGGAAUCUUGACUAAAAUGUAAUAACUUAGGUGCAUGUGUAUUUUCAAGAUUGCUUUAAGUUUUUGAUGAGUUAUAACUUCUUCAAAUCAGUUUAAACAUAUUUGGGUUGUAUAAUGGCUUAAUGCCCAUUGUGUUACAAAAGCUAUGGCAUUGGGCCGAUUGUUCAGAUCUUUGUUAAGAUUAACAAUUUUCUUAACAUUAUCGUUGUUAACUUUCAAAUCAUAACAGUUGCUCUAGAAGAUUAAUGGAUACACUUGUGUUCUGCUGUUAUGAACAAACGUUUAAGCAGUUCUGAACAAUUAGCCUCAUUUCAAUAAUAGAACAUCGUUUCACAUUAUCCGUCCUCAUGUUAUGUUUCGGAAUACUUGCAUGUGUAUUGUAUUUUAUAUUCUGGCAUAAUGUUGCCAACCUGUUGUAAAAUAAAUAUCAAUGGAGUAAAUUUCAUUAUUGAAUGAGUUAAAGUGUUUAAUAGUAUAGGGGCUAUUCCAUUUAAACACAGUGGGUGAAAUUAGUGCCAGCCCUGCUAAGCAAUGAUAUGGGAAUUUCGGCUUGUUCAUACAUAAGUCCAAUUUUAAUGCCUAUAAACAUACACCCCACCCCAGGAAGGCUAUUAAAAAUGGGAUCGUCACCCUUUAGAGAGUUUUUUGUCAUUACAAGGGCUCAAUAAGGAACAGCAGCCUCCCCCAUAGGAUUUCUUUAUUUUGCCCUCCUGGGUUUGGUGGUAAAUUUAAAUUGAAUAGCUCUUACAGGUUGCAUGCUGGUUUUUACUUUUUUAUCAAUUGCCUGUUUUAUUUAUGCUUUAAUAUUUGAUCAUUGACUCUUGUUCAGAAUACUGUACAUGUGUGUUUGUUGUUAAUGUUUUUCAAUAGUUUUGGAUCUAUUAGUGCAGAAUGAAUAAUUUGCAGAAGAUAUUAGUGCACUGCUUGGAGGAAACCAAAACCGACUUAUUGUUGGGUCACCUUAUGAACGAGCCUACGACAAAAUAUUGUACACUGAAGAUUUCGAUUUAUAACUUGAGUGAGAGUCACAAAUAAAAUUUUAAGUUUGUAUUAAUAAAUCAAACUUCCAAAAACUUAUCUGACAAAAUCUCAUUUUAAUGAAUAUGCAUGAGACAUGGUAGACACCUAUUCUUCCCAUAAAGUAAUAAAUAAUUACAUUUCAUUGGGAGUGUCUGUGCAAAUUUCAGCAUUUGUACCUUGCGGAACCAAUGAAACUGCCUCAUUAAUAAUUUAUGAUUACGAAAUUUUCCUAGCCUAAAUGCUUAUGGUAGACAGCGACGCAAAGCAUAGUAGUGUAUCAGAGGGUAUCUGACGAUUGUAUGAUAUGUGCGUUAAUACGAUGGUCUAACCCCUGUGCGUAUGUGAGAUUACUGCUGUAUUUACAGUGUUGCUGUGUUUGAGGCCCUUUAGUGCCAUUUCAAUGUGUUCAUAGUAUUAAACAACCAAAUAAUUGUUGUUGUUUUUCAAGAUUUUUGAAAUACAAGUGUAUGUAAAGAGAAAUCCAUUUUGUAUUAAAUAUUAUAAUAUAAAUGUUAUGAAUGCUUACAAAAUAUAGCUUGCUUACAGUAGUUAGAAUUUUUGUAAGGAUUUGAAGGUACAAAAUUUAAAGUGCUGGUGAAAAUUAAGGAAAUUUGUCACAAAACUGUUAUUAAUGUUCGGGUGUUUUAAUUGAUUGACAAUAUGCUUAUGAAAUAAGACAUAUAUUAAUGACUUUUGUGCUGUUGAAAAGGAAAAUUGUCACAAAACUGUUUUGAUUUUAAUAUUCUGGCAUUUUAAUUGAUUGGCAAUGUGUUUAUGAAAUAAGAAACAUGUGUUGUUAUUAAUGUUAUUGUUCUAGCGUUUAAAUUAAUUGACAAUGGGCUGAUUGUUCAGAUCUUUGUUCUAGUUAACCACAUUUAUAUGAGGUGCUCACAUAUCUAUAUAUAAACAAGUACAGCUGAAACAGUUGUCUCAAAUCUUGUUAGAAAUACUAUUGGUCACAAAUUCUACUUCCUGAGCCAUAAUGAUUUGAAAGUUAACAACAAUGACAUUUACAAUGUUGUUAACUUUAACAAAGUUCUGAACAAUCGCUCCAAUGUAUUUAUGUGUUAAUGAAUUGAGAUAUAAGGUGGGAUGAACAAAUACAUAUAUGUUGCUUAAUAAAGGAUAAUUGAAAA